AUGUUCCGUGUUGACGCAGCAAACUACGAGCUGAGUCAUCAAGCCGACUUUUUCGAUGAUUUCCUCAGUCACGACUGGCAAACAUCCCGCUGGACCAAGCUGUGCAGUCUCCUCGUUGUCUACAACUCACGAGCAGCACUUGUGGCAGCUAUUCUGGCUUGCCCCUUGAUCGCUGUAGCUCGGAUUGAAGAUGUACUGCCAAACUAUAGACCCAGCUCAUGCUUGGUUUAUGUCGUUCACUUGUUUUUCUUAUGUUUCUGGCAGAGACUCCGAAGCACCGUGCUUCCACCUAUCGUGGUCUUUCUGGACAAGCUCUGCAUUGCGCAAAGUCCUGAACAAGCUGAGCUGAAGAAGAAGGGUAUUCUCGGCUUAGCUGCUUUCCUCAACCAUUCUAAGCGGCUGGUGGUUCUGUGGUCGCCAAGGUACUUCAGCAGAUUAUGGUGUGCAUACGAGAUUGCUGCAUUUUUGACGGAUCACAACAAGCACAAGCACGUAUUGAUUAUGCCGGUCCAUGCCGGCAUCACCAUCCUCAUGGCUUUCUUUUUUUUCAGCUGGGUGACCUCCUCUUUGCUCAUCGUUCUGGAAAUGCUGCGGUAUGGUACAGCAGGGGCUCAGAUGGGCCAGGACCUGUGGACUGUCCUUCCAGUCGCUCUGUGCUGGAUACUUGGUCCUGUAAUUCUCUUCGGAGUGCCCUUUGGCACCUUCAGUGCACGCAUGGCCAAGCAACUGCAGCAUGCGCCGGAGCAGCUGAAGACGUUUGAGGUCCAAAAGGCCGCGUGCUUCUGUUGCGCAAACGACCACAAGCACCCGGACACAGGAGCCGAGAUCCCGUGUGACCGGGAGCUGGUCUACCGCAAGCUGGAAGACUGGUAUGGCCGUCCGACAGACAUAGGCGACGAGCAUCUGCGGCGAUUCAACUCUCUGGUUCAUCACAGGUUGGGGCGCUCCGUGCUGAGACAAAUGCCGCACGCCGUCCCCACCGCGCCUCUCAUCAAAAUGCUGAGUGCUGCCACUAUGCCAUGGUUCGCAGACGCGAUCGAGAGGAUACUUUGGCGCAUAUUCAGACAGGACGGGCACGAUACUCUGGAGUAUUCUUGGCAACCUGUCGAGGGGCACGAUUCUCUGGAAUAUUCUUGGCGCCCUGUCCUCGAAUGGGCAUUUGUGGUCACACUGGUCAUUGUAACCGGUUUACUGGCAGUGACAUUGUCAACUGUCUUUGCCCGCAUGUUUCCAAACGUCCGGGACGUUUGGCUGGGGCUGCUGAAUCUCACUGUCUGUGCUGUGCCGGCAGCCUCUGUCACCAGUGCCUUUUUCUUGCUGUCAUUCGUCGCAGCUGAUGCAUGGCCUGCAACCAUCGUGUUCAUCGUAACGCUGCUCCUGGGAUCAUGCUUGCUGCGGCUCACCUUAACAAAUCGACAACAGGCAGGUGCGUCUGAAGAGCUUGACGCCAUGUCUGACGGGACCUCUACGACGCAUUCCCUUCAGCUUGUAGCAGAGUCUUUAGCGGCAUCGGAAGUCGACCAUGGGUGCAUCCCGCGC